AGAGUCUGUAGGGUCGUCUGGACUCACUAUUACAGUAUUUUUCAAGCUAUUUUGAUAGUGAUUUGCUUUAAGAUACAUUUUUUUCAAUGGACCUAGUACAGACCAACAUAAUAUAUUUAACAUUAUGUAACAUAAUGUGUUAACAUUAACUCACCUUCCAUGAAUUGACAUUCCCACUUACUACUUGUGAUGUGCUGUGACGAACUGUUUUGUUCUAUUUACUUUUUAUAACAAGUUAUUUGUGAAGCACUAGACUGCUAUAUGACCCUGUAGUUGGGGAAACCAGCGAUCCAGACAGGACCUAGCAGUAUCUGCAGAGCAUUCUUCUAUCCAAAAGAUCUGAGUAGCUGAGGGUGUGUCUGCAAAGCCUGGUGCUGUGUAAAUGAGCAAGCAAGUAUCUUUAUGUACUGCAGAGGGCUUGGGGAUCCCUGAGUCUGUAGGCAGCUGAUGUUGAUUAAGCUUCUAAUAUGUGACAGUCACUGUUCUAGGUAGCCAUGUGCUUCCCUGGGAGGUGCUGGAGAGCCGUCCCAGGGCCAGGAAUGGUCCACAGGGCUGAGGGUAUGGAGUAUUGGUGAAAGAGGCUGGGAUGUAAUAGACUAUCGGGGUUGGGUGUGUCGUAGGAGGUUAGGAACUAAGUGGAGCUGGGAGGCUGAAUGUGGAAGCUCGGCGUGGCUUGAAAAAUCUGUGGAGGGAUGUAGAACAGGACCCAGGUCUUGUCAGCCGGCAUGCUGUGGGGGAAGCUGGGAGACAGAUGAAGGGGAAACGUGGGCCUUAAGGGCUAAUAGCGUCGUUCCUGUUCAUCUGGAUUGAGCCCAUAAUGUGCUCUAAACGUGUGGCAGAAGUCAGGCUUUCAGUAUUCACAGCCAUUCUCUGAGAUAGAUACUCCCAUCUUGUGCAUUUACAUUUAAGCCUACUGAGUUGUGGGUUAGGGAUUUUGAAGCUUUCUAGGAAUUUUGAGAUUGGAUAUUGUUUUAGGAGUAGCAGAUUUGACAGUCAUGGGAGAGCUUACAGCUGAAAUAUUCAUAUUUUUCUGAAGCCCUAAUCAAGACAUCCACCUGUUUGAUGGCUGAUCUUUCAACCGCCUGACUGGGAAAUUAUGUCAAAGAAUUUCCAUGAUAUUGCAAAGGCUCUGGGAAGAUGGCAGUAGGUGACCAUGGAGGAAGAAGAUGAGUCUCGAGGGAAGACGGAGGAGUCGGGCGAGGAUCGGGGAGAUGGGCCGCCAGACAGAGACCCCACGCUUUCUCCUUCUGCUUUUAUCCUGCGAGCUAUCCAGCAGGCCGUGGGAAGCUCCUUGCAGGGAGACCUGCCCAAUGACAAAGAUGGCUCUCGGUGUCAUGGCCUUCGAUGGCGGCGCUGCCGGAGUCCACGGUCAGAGCCCCGUUCCCAGGAAUCAGGGGGGACUGACACAGCUACUGUGCUGGACAUGGCUGCGGACAGCUUCCUUGCAGGGCUGGUGAGUGUCCUGGAUCCCCCGGAUACCUGGGUUCCCAGCCGCCUGGACCUGCGGCCUGGCGAAAGUGAGGACAUGCUGGAGCUGGUGGCGGAGGUCCGCAUCGGGGACAGAGAUCCCAUCCCUCUGCCUGUGCCCAGCCUGCUGCCCCGGCUCAGGGCCUGGAGGACAGGCAAAACGGUUUCUCCACAGUCGAACUCUUCUCGGCCCACCUGUGCACGUCAUCUCACCUUGGGCACAGGAGACGGGGGCCCGGCCCCACCUCCUGCCCCCUCCUCUGCGUCCUCCUCCCCUUCCCCUUCUCCCUCAUCUUCCUCCCCUUCCCCUCCCCCACCCCCACCGCCCCCUGCACCCCCAGCCCCACCUGCCCCCCGAUUCGACAUCUAUGACCCCUUCCACCCCACCGACGAGGCCUACUCUCCACCGCCUGCUCCGGAGCAAAAGUACGACCCCUUCGAACCCACUGGCUCCAACCCCAGCUCAUCAGCCGGGACCCCCUCACCCGAGGAGGAAGAAGAGGAGGAGGAAGAGGAAGAGGAAGAGGAGGAGGAGGAGGAGGAGGAGGAGGAGGGCCUGUCCCAAAGCAUCAGCCGCAUCUCGGAGACCCUGGCGGGCAUCUACGAUGACAACAGCCUGAGCCAGGACUUCCCAGGUGACGAAAGCCCCCGCCCAGACCCACAGCCCGCACAGCCGACUCCGGCCCCUGGAACGCCGCCCCAGGCGGACUCCACCCGGGCUGAUGGAGCCACGCGCCGGCGGGUCUUCGUCGUGGGGACCGAGGCGGAGGCCUGUCGGGAAGGCAAGGUCUCUGUGGAGGUGGUGACCGCUGGUGGAGCCGCCCUCCCGCCGCCCCUGCUGCCACCCGGCGACUCGGAGAUUGAGGAGGGCGAGAUUGUCCAGCCAGAGGAGGAGCCCAGGGUGGCACUGUCCCUUUUCCGCCCCAGCGGCCGGGCCACCCGGCCUCCGCCCGCCGCCUCGGCCACACCUGCGGCCCAGCCCCUACCGCAGCCUCCUGCUCCCCGGGCCCCCGAGGGGGAUGACUUCUUGUCCCUGCACGCGGAGUCGGAUGGCGAGGGCGCCCUGCAGGUGGACCUGGGGGAGCCGGCCCCCGCGCCGCCUGCGGCUGACUCGCGCUGGGGCGGCCUGGACCUGCGCCGCAAGAUCCUGACCCAGCGGCGGGAGCGCUACCGCCAGCGCUCGCCCUCCCCGGCACCCGCGCCGGCCCCGGCAGCCACCGUGGGGCCCCCCACACGCAAGAAGUCCCGGCGGGAGCGCAAGCGCAGCGGUGAGGCCAAGGAGGCGGCUUCGUCCUCCUCGGGCACCCAGCCUGCGCCGCCCGCCCCAGCCUCGCCCUGGGACUCCAAGAAGCACCGCUCGCGGGACCGCAAGCCCGGCUCCCACACCUCGUCGUCUGCCCGCCGCCGCUCCCGCUCCCGCUCCCGCUCCGCCCGCCGCCGCUCGCGCAGCACCGACCGCCGCCGCGGAGGCAGCCGCAGGUCGCGGUCCCGGGAAAAGCGGCGGCGGCGGAGGCGCUCGGCUUCCCCACCCCCAGCCACGUCCUCGUCGUCAUCCUCGCGGCGCGAGCGGCACCGCGGGAAGCACCGGGACGGUGGCGGCAGCAAGAAGAAGAAGAAGCGGUCGCGGUCCCGGGGCGAAAAGCGGUCUGGGGAUGGCAGUGAGAAGGCCCCGGCACCGGCUCCGCCACCCUCCGGCUCCACCUCUGGCGGUGACCGCGACAGCCGCCGCCGAGGGGCCGUGCCGCCCUCCAUCCAGGACCUCACGGACCACGACCUCUUCGCCAUCAAGCGGACCAUCACGGUGGGCCGGCUUGACAAGUCCGACCCCCGAGGACCCUCUCCCGCCCCGGCCUCGUCCCCUAAGCGGGAGGUCCUGUACGACUCGGAGGGACUGAGCGGCGAGGAGCGGGGCGGCAAGAGCAGCCAGAAGGACCGGCGCCGCUCGGGGGCCGCUUCCUCCUCCUCCUCCUCCCGGGAGAAGGGGUCUCGUCGGAAGGCUCUGGACGGGGGGGACCGGGAUCGGGACAGGGACAGAGAGAGGGACAGGGACAGGUCAUCCAAGAAGGCCCGGCCCCCCAAGGAGUCGGCGCCUUCCUCAGGGCCCCCGCCAAAGCCACCGGUCAGCAGCGGCUCCGGCUCUUCAUCCUCGUCCUCCUCCUGUUCCUCCCGGAAGGUGAAGUUGCAGUCCAAGGUGGCGGUGCUGAUCCGCGAGGGUGUCAGCAGCACCACCCCGGCCAAGGACGCCGCGUCGGCCGGCCUGGGCUCCAUCGGCGUCAAAUUCAGCCGCGACCGGGAGAGUCGCUCCCCUUUCCUAAAGCCCGACGAGCGGGCCCCGACUGAGGUGGCCAAAGCAGCUCCGGGCAGCACCAAGCCCAAAAAGACCAAGGUCAAGGCCAAGGCUGGGGCCAAGAAAGCCAAGGGGACCAAGGGAAAGACCAAGCCAUCCAAGACCAGGAAAAAGGUCCGCAGCGGAGGCGGCAGCGCGGGCAGUGGUGGCCCGGUGUCGCUGAAGAAGUCGAAAGCGGAUAGCUGCAGCCAGGCGGCGGGCACCAAGGGGGCAGAGGAGACUUCGUGGUCCGGAGAGGAACGGGCAGCCAAGGUCCCUAGCACCCCACCACCCAAGGUAGCCCCACCGCCCCCUGCCCUCACUCCGGACUCACAGACCGUGGACAGCAGCUGCAAGACACCCGAGGUCUCCUUCCUGCCUGAGGAGGCCACCGAGGAGGCUGGAGUCCGAGGUGGGGCAGAGGAGGAGGAGGAAGAGGAAGAAGAGGAGGAGGAAGAAGAGGAGGAGGAGGAACAGCAGCCUGCCACCACCACGGCCACCAGCACUGCUGCGGCCGCCCCAAGCACUGCCCCCAGCGCGGGGUCCACAGCCGGUGACUCGGGGGCGGAGGACGGGCCGGCUUCCCGUGUCUCCCAGCUGCCCACGCUGCCCCCGCCCAUGCCCUGGAACCUGCCAGCUGGUGUGGACUGCACCACCAGCGGCGUCCUGGCCUUGACUGCACUUCUCUUCAAGAUGGAAGAAGCCAACCUGGCGAGCCGAGCGAAGGCCCAGGAGCUGAUCCAGGCCACCAACCAGAUCCUCAGCCACAGAAAGCCACCCUCAAGUCUGGGGGUGACCCCAGCUCCUGUGCCCACCUCUCUGGGUCUGCCCCCUGGCCCCUCCAGCUACCUGCUUCCUGGCAGCCUCCCCCUGGGGGGCUGUGGCUCGACCCCUCCCACCCCCACCGGGCUGGCUGCCACUUCUGACAAGAGAGAGGGCAGCAGCAGCUCCGAGGGACGUGGAGACACAGAUAAGUAUCUGAAGAAGCUGCACACGCAGGAGCGGGCAGUGGAGGAGGUAAAGCUGGCCAUCAAGCCGUACUACCAGAAGAAGGACAUCACCAAGGAGGAGUACAAGGACAUCCUGAGGAAGGCCGUCCACAAGAUCUGCCACAGCAAAAGCGGGGAGAUCAACCCGGUGAAGGUGAGCAACCUGGUGCGGGCCUACGUCCAGCGCUACCGCUACUUCCGCAAGCACGGUCGCAAGCCAGGGGACCCCCCAGGGCCCCCACGGCCGCCCAAGGAGCCAGGGCCCCCGGACAAGGGUGGCCCGGGCCUGCCCCUGCCCCCUCUCUGAGAGCCCUGGCCAGCUCUUCGCCCCUCGUCUCUUUGAAAUUCUGGACAUAUUUAUGGCUCCACCUCCCCACUUCCCUCCCCAUCAGUGGGAUGAUUGGGGGAGGGUUGCUGCAGGGAAGAGGAGAGCCCCCUGCCCUGCCCUGCCCCAUGCCCACAUCCCUUGCCCCAAAGCCUGUCCCCAGUGCCCCUCCCUUCUGUUCGUGCCCCUCUCCCCAAUUUCAUUAAAGAUUUCAUGAAACAU